CAUUUGAAGGGGCGUCGCUGGGCUUCUUAUAUAGGGUCCUUAAGUUAGUGGUGAGAUUGUCUUCCAGGAGAUAGGACAUCAUGUCUGACGCAGUGACCAGCUUCUUGAAGGAUUUCUUGGCCGGUGGUGUGGCCGCUGCCAUCUCCAAGACAGCCGUGGCCCCCAUUGAAAGAGUCAAACUGUUACUGCAGGUCCAGCAUGCCAGCAAACAGAUCACAGCUGAGAUGCAAUACAAAGGCAUCGUCGACUGCGUAGUAAGAAUUCCCAAAGAGCAGGGAUUCUUGUCCUUCUGGAGAGGCAAUCUCGCCAACGUCAUCAGAUACUUCCCCACACAAGCCCUCAACUUUGCCUUCAAAGACAAGUACAAGAAGAUCUUCCUUGGAGGAGUGGACCAGAAGACCCAGUUCUGGCGUUACUUUGCUGGUAAUCUGGCCUCUGGCGGUGCCGCCGGUGCAACCUCUUUGUGCUUUGUCUACCCUCUUGACUUCGCCAGAACAAGACUUGCUGCUGAUAUCGGUAAAGGCGCAGCGGAGAGAGAGUUCAGUGGUCUUGGGAACUGCCUGACCAAGAUCUUCAAGUCUGAUGGUAUUAAGGGUCUCUACCUUGGCUUCAAUGUGUCUGUCCAGGGCAUUAUUAUCUACAGAGCUGCUUACUUCGGUGUCUACGAUACAGCAAAAGGUAUGCUGCCAGACCCCAAGAACACGCACAUUGUCAUUAGCUGGAUGAUUGCCCAGACUGUCACAGCUGCAGCCGGCAUCAUUUCAUAUCCUUUCGACACCGUCAGACGUCGUAUGAUGAUGCAGUCAGGACGCAAAGGAGCUGACAUUAUGUACUCGGGCACAAUCGACUGUUGGAAAAAGAUCACUAAGGAUGAGGGGGCUAAAGCUUUCUUCAAGGGUGCCUGGUCCAAUGUGCUCAGAGGCAUGGGCGGCGCCUUCGUGCUGGUUCUGUAUGACGAGAUCAAGAAGUACACAUAAACAUUCUCCAUCCAUCAUGUCAAUCCCAUCAAAGGAACCCCUGAGCACUGUGUAUGUCUUAAUUGUGUAGAACGUUAACAAACAGGGUGAAGUAGGAGAAGUGUACUUAGCCAUGCUGUCCCAGGGGUGGAUUUUAAUCAUGUGAUCUUAGGUGGUCACAUCACCCUCCACCUCUACACUUGUAAAUAUAUUUAACUCUACCUACUGGCCCCUAGUUUUAGAUGACUUUCAGUCUGGUCAGAUUGAAAGUUAUCUUUUUUUCUCAUUUAUUUAUUUGAAUCAACCCCCCAUAACUCUGAGAGUCUACAUGUUCUACGGUGGCUCUUCUCUUCUGUAGCUAGCUGAACACUCUCAGACUGAAGCAAGUGGCUGUACACUGGAAGGCUGACUGUUCUUGUGGUUUAGUCCACCUUAUGUGUUCUUUUAAUAAGAAUAAAGCUGAUAAUACAACACCUGA